AUGAAUUUAAGAGAAGAAUAAGAGUAAUAUUAAUAAAUCAAUAUAUUAGUUGUUUGGAGAUAAUAAUUUAUUCUUUUGAGAUAGGAUUUACAAAAAAGUUGUACAUUUCACUAUUAAAUUUAAGAAGAGAUUAUAAAGAUAUAUAGACUUAUUAAAAUAUAUUCAAUCAAAUUUAAGUUAUAGAUUUAGAGAGGGGAUAAUUUGAUUUAAUCAAUUAGAAAUGGUAUGAAACAAUAAAUGGUUGUAUGCAUAGAAUAGCUAAUUGA